CGGGGUUCUCCCGAUAUUCCUUGCUCCGCGAUACAAGGCCUUCCCUUGGGAUUUCUUUCGAUUUACUUGUUUUACACUCUUCAGAACAAUUAAGGAAUCAGGAUGGGUUCCAGUCAACAGUUCUCUCUUAGAUGGAAUAAUUAUUUAAAACACAUUACUUGUGCUUUUGAAACAUUGAGGACAGCGGAAGAUCUCGUGGAUGUUACUUUAAGUUGUGAGGGCAAAAAAAUCAGGGCACAUAAAAUGCUCUUGUCAGCAUGUAGUACAUACUUUAGAGAUUUAUUUAAGGAAAAUCCAUGUCAGCAUCCCAUCAUAAUAUUCCGCAAUGUAAAAUUUGAUGACUUGGCUGCCUUGGUCGAUUUUAUGUAUCAAGGCGAAGUGAACGUUAUUCAAGAACAGCUAGCGAGUUUUCUUACUACGGCAGAGCUCUUGGCAGUACAAGGUCUUACAGAUGGCACAGGAAAGGACGACACUCUAGUAGAGGAUGACAUAGAAAUUCCCAACGAGCCUGAAGUUCAACUGCAGAAUACUUCUGGUAAAUCCACGGGAGAUAAUAAGAGGAAUAAAUCUCCAUCGUCUCCGAUGCCAUACCAUGCCGUCGAACUGCAACCUGAAGUGCCACCAAAUAAAAGGAGAAAAAUUCGAGAAAAUACGAAUGUAAACGCAGAAAAGAAUUCGGCGGGGAUCAACGCGAAGGAUUCCGAUGGCAAAACGGUGGAAAAUCAGACGGGAUCGGGCUCCGAUCCGGUCGAAAUAAUUCCCCUCAUGCCGAACUUAAAGCUGGAGAUGCCGGAAUAUCUGGAGCAAGAUGGUAGCAGUUGUAGUUAUGAAGAUCAGAGUAUAGGCGACAAUGCAUUGAAUAAAAUCCCUAUAGACGACACGUCGUCAACCACGCCUGAUCACGAACAGAAGCUCGAUAUCAGUCAGACAUUUUAUACCAGUCAAUCGGACAGUUUGGACAACAAACAUCAAUCAGAUGUUGGGCAUCUACUAUCUAAACCAAGUACUUCGGGAGAAAGAGCAACGCAGGAUGCGGUACAGGAAUCAGAGCACAAUUAUGGGAAGCAUCAACCGCAACAACUACCACUACAACAACAACUACUACCUGAGCCACCGCAGCAAAUGAGCCUCAUUCUCGACGGGGCCAGGCGCAGAACUAAGCUGCACUACGUCGUGGAAAGCGGUCGUUGGGUGUGCGACGUCUGCGGCCGAACCUACAAUCGUGGCGAUUCCCUAGCCCAUCAUCGCAGUAUACACAGGGGCGACACGAUCUGCCCGAUCUGUCAGACCGUCUUCACGCGAAAAUACACCAUGCGCUGUCACAUGGUGAACGUGCACGGGGUCAAGUAAUAUAACGACCGCGGGUGUCGUGGAAACAGUGGCACGAAUAGAAAAACUCGAGGAACUCAGCGCGAUCUUCGUACAGAAUUGAGCAGAACAUUUAGCGUUGGUCUCAUUUUUACGUCAUUCGCGAAAAAUUAGAGCACCCCAAAAAAAUUUAGGACGCAUCCCCUA